CAAUCGUCGGACCGGCUACCAACUAACCUGGUCGUUAACGUAUAGUGUAAAAUGGAUUUGAUCAAAAAUGUAUUGUUCGCUAAUGGGAACAGAAUGACGGAAAACGUUUGCAACAAUGGACUAGACGAGGAAUCUAAAAUGGACAAAGAGCCUAAAAGGAACGAAGAGUACGACGACGGCACAUUUCAGGAGGACGGACCGAUCGGCGCAAGGGGACAUGUGUUCUGCAGCGAUUCCGAGAGCAUGGACUCGGCAGCGGUGUCGAGCAGCACACAUUUUCACGGGUACGAAACCGACAUGAACGGGUACGACGACGAAUACGACGGCCCGAAGGAUAGGCUUUCGGUCGGGACCGCGUCGGCGAUCCGUCGUCGGCAGAUAGUGGACGAGUACCGUGCGCGAAUCGAAGACGACAAGGAGAAGUAUCUGAACCACACGUCACAGGUGUCUGCGCUGAAAAGCGAACUAGCCUACCAGACGGACGAGGUGCACAACCAACGGAGGUGCAUCGUUGGUCUGAAGUCGAAAGUGAACGCCGUCACGGCGGAGCUCCGCAAGCGGACGAACGACCUGACGGUCGCGCUGAGACAGCUGUGCCGGAUCACGGCAGACAAACGUGAGCUGGAGGAUAAGGUGAGCCGGACCAGCGACCAGACGAACGCUUUGACGGCCGAACUGGAACACGCCAGGGCGGAGCUGGUUCGGUCGCGAGAACUUCUGGACGCUCGGAGCGAGGCCGGGGACCGUCUGACGUGCGACUUGGACGCCACCAACAGGCAGCUGGAGCUGUUGCGACGCGACUAUCAGCUAUCCAUGGAAAAGUCCAUCGAGGACAAGAUCGUCAUGGAAGAUUUGAAGUACACGGUCGCCCGGCUCGAACACGAGCUGGACCAGUCGUCGACGGAACGGAAAAAGCUGCAGCAACGCGUGGAAAAACAGCAACAGGACACUACGAAUUGCGUGUUCAACGUGGCGAAAAAACUCAAAAGCUUGAAAAGCGAAAACGCCGAGUUGAACUUGCGCUUGGAAAAAUUGAGCAAAGCGGAAUCGGUCGACGUGGCACUGCAGACGGACUUGACUUCGACGCAAUUCCAUUUAGGUCAGGCUGACGCGGGUCCGUCCGACGACGUAUCCGUGUGCUCUUGCUCGGUGGGAUCGACGGAUCACGACUGCAUAUUGAACUACUCGAAGAGAGAGAAAAUACAAGAACUGCAAAGCGAAUUGGAUGAGACGAAGGAGCGCUACAGGGACAAAGAACAAGAUUAUCAACAGAUAAUAGCGGCGCUGGAAAAGAAGAUGGCCAAGAAUAAAACGCACGAGAAAAACAAAGUGAACGAAUACAAGUUAAACAUCAAGAUGAAAGAUCGUCAGUUCGUGGACUUGUCGGAAGAGUUUAAAAGCGUGAUACGACAGAAGAACGACAUAAUCAAUUCCGAACGUAACAAUUGCAUAGAAAUUAAAAAACAAUUAGACGACCAAAAAGCGUUGUUGGAAUUACAAAAACAUAACACGUGCGACGAACAGAUGAAGUAUAAAGAUCAAAUAAAAAUUCUAGUCGAAAAAAUUGAUAUUCAAAGUAAAAAGGUGGACGAAUUGACGAAUUAUAUUCAAGAGCUCAAAGCGAAACAGAUAAAGACCGACAAACCAAAGGAGUUCACGAAAACAUCGAAAUCAGUCAUCUACUCCGAUAUUGAAGUAAAAUCGAAAACUCCGAUUUUAAAGAAAAGUACAACGAAAUAUAGUUCGUGUCAAUUGAAGAAUCAAAAAUAUAAGAUCGAGACACUGAAUGCAGUGCACUCGACAUGCACGAACAAACGGGUUCACAACAGUCAGAUUGAAAAAAGCGGGGCAGAAAAGAUGUACGGAAAGGAUGACCCGCUGCGCAAGCUGUACGAAAGCAUUCAACAAGGACGAAAUAUAAAGCGGAGGACGCAACAGGACUUUUUGCUAGGUAGGACCAACGGAAGGUCAACAGACACAUAAAGUCCGAAACCGUGUAAAAAUGAGAUAUUUACUCGUCCCGCCGCUAUUCUUCGCUAAUCGGUUUAGUACGUUUAAUUCGUUUAUGUCAUUCAUAGAAUAUGUCAAAGAAACAAUCCCUUUCAGCAUGCGACGUAUUAAAUACUUCAACAGAUCUAUCCGAUCUAAGGUAUUAGCUCUAUGUCGCAUUUGUACACAUCUUUUUUAUCAAUUCAUUUCAUCCGAUCGCGUGAAACAUUUUCAUCCACAAACGCCGAUUAGUAAGGGCUACGGUACAUGAUUCUAAUCUAUAAUACCUAUGCGUCUACUAUUGUAUUAACUAUUAUUUUAUUUUAAAUCAUUUUUUAACUGCAUAUGUAUCAUAUCAAUGGAUUUAUCAUUAGCGGAUGACAUCCGCAUGUGUUUUCCCCGUAGCAAAUGUACAAUAUGGCAAAUUUGUAUUCAGUAGUACCAAUUUUGUAUAGUUAGCUUUUUUAUUAGAGUAAACUUAAUGGGGAAAACAUCAUCAGUGCGAUGACAUAGCUUUUACGAUAUUUUUAUUUUUAAGCGAGUUACGAUGAUGUAUAAUAUUACAACUUAAUAAUGCUCAUUAUUCACUUAGAAAUUAAUGCCGUG